CGCAUGCUGACGUUUAGAGGCUUCAAGCGCGGCGGUUCGAACACGUGACCAUUAAACGCGAGUGUAGCGACGAGUGAGUGAACGGUGACAUGUCGAGGUAUUUGACGAUAAGGUGCUUGUAAGCGAGGUGCAUCCUGGGAGCGACCUCAGGACCCGUCCCGACUCCGGGCGGGUUUUCUCCACUCAUCUCAAAGACGCUCUCGCUGAGGGAUUCGACGUGUGCUGAGGCUUUGUGGAAGAUGCCCCAUAAAGUUGGGCUUUUUCCAGAAGAGGACCUCAUGCAUCACGCUUCUAUGGGACAGAAUACAAUUUUCGGCUGCUCGACGGCGGGACAUAGCGGCAUCAACCAGCUAGGGGGAGUGUAUGUAAACGGGAGACCUUUGCCCGACUCUACGAGACAGAAAAUUGUAGAGCUGGCUCAUUCGGGGGCCAGGCCUUGUGACAUCUCGCGGAUUCUGCAGGUGUCCAAUGGAUGCGUGUCUAAGAUACUGGGGAGAUACUACGAGACCGGAUCUAUCAAACCUCGUGCCAUCGGCGGUUCCAAGCCCAGAGUGGCCACCCAGCCGGUGGUCAAUAAAAUCGCCGAAUUCAAACGCGAAUGUCCCUCGAUAUUCGCUUGGGAGAUCCGCGAUCGACUUCUCUCCGAAGGUGUUUGCAACAACGACAACAUUCCCAGCGUCUCGUCCAUCAACCGAGUUCUCCGCAAUUUGGCCUCGCAGAAGGAGCAGCAAGCCUCGGCCCAGAACGAGAGCGUCUACGACAAACUCCGGAUGUUCAAUGGGCAAACUCCUGGAUGGGCAUGGUACCCUGGGACGCCUACGGCGCCUCAUCUGGGCCUCCCGCCGGCUCCUGCCGCCCUCACCACCCAGAUUGCCAGGGACGACCUCCAAAAACGAGCCGAUGCCAUGCACGAAAACACCUCAGAUGGAAAUUCAGAACACAACUCUUCGGGUGAUGAGGACUCGCAACUGAGGCUCAGGCUCAAGAGAAAGCUCCAGAGGAACAGGACGUCCUUUACCAACGAACAGAUCGAUAGCCUGGAGAAAGAAUUCGAGCGUACUCACUACCCCGACGUGUUCGCGAGAGAACGUCUUGCCGAGAAAAUUGGAUUACCUGAGGCACGUAUCCAGGUCUGGUUCAGCAACCGUCGCGCGAAAUGGCGUCGCGAGGAAAAGCUGCGCAACCAGCGCCGAGCCGUGGACCAAGUGGGCGCCGUGAGUCCUCCAUCCUCCGCCGGUCGUCUGCCCAUCAACUCCGGGUUUAACUCCAUGUACUCAUCCAUACCGCAGCCCAUCGCCACCAUGGCCGACACAUACAGUUCAAUGUCGGGGGGCUUGAGCAGCAGUUGUCUCCAGCAGCGCGACGCUACCGGUUAUCCUUACAUGUUUCACGAUCCGUUGCACUCUUUGAGUUCUUCAUACAACUCGAGGGCUACGGCUUGCAAUCCUGCAGUGGCCCACACCCAACCGACCACUCAUCCCUCUUACGCUUCGGCCACCACGCCGACUUCAGUACCUGCCUCUACCGGAACCGGCGUGAUAUCGGCCGGCGUCUCCGUGCCGGUGCAGAUCCCCAGCCAGACGCCCGACCUCUCCACCAACCUCACCUCCAACUACUGGCCUCGGAUUCAGUGAUCUCAACUUUUCGGGUUUCCGGCGCCGAGCAUUCUCGUGCACCAGGAUAACCCGCCACCGCCGCCGCCACCAACUCUGCAGACUCCCAUCACGCCGCCGGGCAUCGCCGCCGCCACCGAGGAGUCCUCCUAAGGGCGCCAUCUCGCGAUCCAACAACGGACUGCAGGGUACUUGUGAAUAGUGUACAGAAAAAGACUGGAAGGACGGUAUCAACUGUUUUUUUGCAAUAGCCACGAUUUUAUAGCAAUAAUUGUAUGUAUUAUAAUUUUAAGACAUGGUUGUAAUUAGAUGUUAUAAACUGUGUUGACACAAAAACUUUGAAGACUUUUAGGCAGUUUUUCAGUUCCUAAAAUGAACAAACAUGGGCAAUGCUUAUAACCACAUCUUUUUUAUAAUAGUGUUUAGUGAUAUCAUUCAAACAAGUAUUAUUCAAUGUCGUGUAAAUUAUUGUUGCUGUGAUUAAAUUAUACAAUUCAAGUUUUAUGUAGAUUAGAAUUUGCUGUUUAGAUGUGUAAAAACCAUAGCGCGUUUAGUGGAAUUA